AUGGUUCUGAAGGCAUGCGACCGAUGCCACACGAGAAAAGAAAAAUGCGCGUUCGCCGGCAGCAACCAGCGGUGUACCAGAUGCUGUAGCCUCGCAAUCGCAUGCUCUACAUCCCGGCGUGGAAGACGUAUUGGACGCUUGCCUGUUGUGAAAGCUUUUCCUUACGGAGAGGCGCAUAUCUGGAGUGUCGACUCAACGCAACUACCCAACCUACAACGAAGCGUGUCUAGGUCAGGCGAUAGCCAUUCUAUCCUUGGGCCUCUAAGUCGACGCUCUAGCUCAACGUUGCCCGCAAGUGACUUAGCUUUGUCCGACGAAUUCGCCAGUUCUGCUGAAGCAGUGUGGUCGCCAGAUAGAAAUGACGCGAUAGCCUUAGGGCCCGGAAAGCUACUCGCAUCUCCAACCACACUUAAAACAGCUUCAGACGCCCUUCGCACAUUCCUUGUCCGCGAACAGUUUUCUGCUUUACACAUGCCAUUUCUGAUUGGGCCUAGCUUCGUUCCUAUGUCUCAAAAGGUCACCUCCACCUUGUUAUAUCAAUCGGCACCAGUUCUAGCCGACGCAUACUUGGCAUAUACCGCAUUGAUGACGCGCUACCAAAGAACACCUAUCAUGCGCCAAGUUGAGCCCGAUAUUGCUAAAGCCGCAAAGGGACUACAACACCUCCGCGAUAUCAAUAUCAAAAAGGACACCGAUGCUGUCUGUGCUCUCUCUUUAGGCCAAACCAUGUACGCUUUCCAUGUUCUCGCUGCGUCCGAUGCUUUCAAGGCUCAUUCGGUCGUACAAAACGCACUCAUACGAGCGAAAUCCUGGGUGCCGAGAUUAAUCCAUUCUCCGAUCACACAAAUGUUCAUCAUAACCCCCGUUCUGAUUGACACAGUCGAAUGUUUAGUGCGCCGGGAGGUCCCUAUCAUCCGACUCCCUAGCACAGAUCACGUCAUUAUUGAUCGCUACGCAGGCGUCUGCGCAACACUUCUCCCCCUUCUAUAUGAUCUUUGCCAAUGCAGCCAUAAUAUGAAGAGCGGUGUUCUUGAUAUUAGAGGUUUUCACGAUCGACUAGCCGGUAUACAGCAAACCAUCACAGAGUGGAAGCCUCCCACGCCACCCCAAUUAUUUAUUGAACAUGGACCGCAUGAGCGCCUACUGAUAAUAACGCAAGCGAAUGUGUAUCGUCUGGCAGCUUUAUUAGCAAUCCAUCGUCUUCGAUAUCCCCUUGGGGUUCAAGAUGAGAUAGCAAGAGAGCUUGCAAAUGGGAUAUUUUCGCAUAUAUUGUCCUUUGCUCAAUCGGCCGCGAAGGAGGUGACAGCCUUUCCAAUGAUCUUCCCUUUAACAAUGGCCAUGAUCGAAGACGAAGGCAAAGAUGAAGAUCUGGGGAACAAAUUGCCAUUGUUUGCUUCUCAGAGCAUGGGUGCAAUAAGACUUGUAGGAUCUAUCAAGCAAAUUAGGGCGUCUCGGGAGGCGGGAUAUGAUGGAAUCUGGUUCAACCUGGUUGGCACACAUCUUCGCAUGGCAAUGCCAACCAUGAAUGUUAGUUUGUACAUUAUCAAAGCGCUACUUGCAGGAGAAUAUCAGGAACCGGCUUCGGUAUAG